AUGAGGAUAGAUAAGAUUGUUACAUGGAUAAUCUCAAUAAUUAUGAGUGUAUCAACCAAAAAUAUACAACAGAAUACAAAUCCAUCUAAUGUGGAUUUAAUACGUUCUAACUCUUGGUUAGAUACUACAGCAACAAGAGAAGUCAUAUGUUAUAACACAGCAAUACAAAAUGUUCUAACAGAGUCAUAUAUUGAUUACUCACUGGAUAUGGAUCUAUUGCAGAUAAAUAACCUAAAUCACUAUAAUGAGAAUGAAUGUAAAUACAGUUCCUUUAUACAGUUAGACAUAUUUCCAACAAAAAAGCCUUCAUUCUUUGAUUAUUUUAUAAUUAGGCAGGGGAUUAUACUAAAGGAUCUGGCUAGAAUAGAAUUAUUAAUUGACAAAAAAUUCACACUAAGAGAAAUAAAGCAGAGCUUGGUAAAAAAAAAGCAUGAGAUUAAAAACAAAAGGAACAGAAUUGAAUUCAACAAAUUAUACAUACAGGAUAAAAAAGAUGGAACAAAUCCACCAUUGUACCAAAUAAGAAAUGCAAUUCUAACGGCAAAUACAAUAUUUAAAGGUGUAAUACUACAAGAGCACAGAAAUAUAGAAUCUACCAUAUAUACGUAUUCAGUAUACACAAAAAAUAAUUUAAAUGAAAUAAAAGAGGCGUAUAAUGAAAUAAAGAACCAAUACAACGCAAAGAUUUUUGAACAAAAUUCAAAAACAAUAUUAGAUACGACCUUAGAUAACUUUGAACACAUUUUGACACCAAAAAGUCUAUUUCACAUAAGACAUCUUAAAUUUGAAUAUUUGUUAAAUCAUAUUUUUAUAUCACUGAUACAGAUUAAGAGUUUUAUUGUAAAGCAUAAAUCAUUACUAAAAAUAAUUAAUGAAUGGGAGGAUUUAAAACAAUAUGAAAGUUUAAUUGAAAUGACUUUAUUGCCGUAUGAAAAACUUAAUUAUUAUGCUAUAGUGAAUAACAUACCAGAUAUCCAAAAAUUUCUAUAUAACAUUGAUAAAAUAUACACGAAAUACAAAUAUGCCAUAUCCAAUAUAAACAUAAAAUUUGAAAGGCAUGUACUUUCAAUAUACGAAUUAAUAUCCAAGGAGCCUAUGCCGUAUGAUAUAUCAACAAGUACAAAAAUACAAACGUAUAUUGAUGAAGCACUAAAUGAGAUUACUGAGAUUGAAUCAAAGCAUAAAUGUAUUAAACGCAUUAUAAAUAUGUUUAAUGGUAUAAUUCUAAAGGAUGAGAUGCCAAAAAGUAUAGUAAAAGAGGUGAAGGAAAAUCUAGAAAAUCAAUUUUUAAAGGAUUUAAAUGGCACAAAAAUCUUGAAUUUGAGCACUAACACAGAAAAUAUAAAUAAUAAAAUACAAGAAAUAGAAAAAACUAUAAAAAAACAUGAAAACAUAAAUAAUAUAAACACCGCAAAUGCAUUAAAAAAGCUACUUGAAACAAGAAUAUUAGCAGAAGAUUCUGAAUUGGUGUAUUCAAUAGGGGAUGAUAUAGAAUUGCUAAUAUUCAACAGGUAUUCAGUGCAUAACACAAAGAAUUAUAUAAAUUGCUAUAAUAAAUUAAUACAGAUUAUAAAUCAGUAUGAAAAAGAUGAAAAUCUUGGAUCUCCUGUGCAGUCAUCAGUAAAAGCUCCAUUUUCUGUAGGGAGUGUGAAUGUUACCACAUUAAAGGAAGAAGUUAAUAACAAAAAAACUCAACUUAAUAACACAAUACAUGUACUGAUAGAUAUGAUAUUUGCUAUGAGAGAGGAUAGUUAUAUAAUGGAGCAGAGCAAUCCAUCAAAUAGCACAAACAACAAAGAAAAAAUGUAUAAUUCUAUGGAAACGAUGCUAAGUGCAUUGUACAUAUUUGAUGUAUACAAAAAUAAAAGUGAUAUUUCCUGGGAUAUGUUUAAGGAAAACAAACUGUUUCAACCAAAUAGCAACAUGGACGCUGAUAUAUUCCAAAGAAAAGUAUUAAAGGUAGCAGAUAAGCUAGCAAGUUAUAUAAGCAACUCGACAAAUAUUCCGUUGGAUAGUGUGAAUAGUUCAUUAAGUAUUUGUGCAACGACUUCUAAGCAAUAUAGCCAGCUGGAGAAAGCAGAAACCCCCCAAUUAAAUAAAUCUGUCCCAGAAAGCGCAGAAAUCCCGAAAUUAUCCGAUGAAAUUGCGUAUAAUAACUACUUCGAGUCACUAAUUAAGCUACUUCUAACAUUCAAUUCAGAUAUAAAGAAUAUGGAGAUUCGGCUGGGAAUGCUACAUAUGAAUGCUCCUAUAGUUGAUCCCGCGUUUGGCUCUAAUUUGUUUCCUGGUAGUUAUAUGGAAAUAAUAAAAUUGCAUAUAAAACUAAUUACCCAGGAGUAUGUUAACAUUUGCAUAAGAAAUAAAAUUAUCAGCACAAUAAGUAAUAUAUGCAAUCUUGAAAGCAUAACAAAUGAAGAAGAUAGCGAUUUCUUUGAAUUUAGUUCUGAAGAAGAAAGCUCUUCAGAAGAAUUAUUGCUGCAGAGAGAUAAAGUAGAUAUGUUAAAACUUACUAUAAUAGAAGAUAACGCCAAAGCAUACGCGGAAAAUGACAGUGACUAAACUAAAAUAUAAAAACAACUAUCUACUAUGACUACUCUAGGUAAGCUGCUAUAUAAAGCACUAAAGUAUUUAAGAUAUUCUAUACCGGAUAUUCCUAUAAAUAAAACACAUACAAAUACGAUAAAAUACAUACCCAGAU